UUCUUACUUACGAGCAUCCAAGCACAGAGUUAAACUAGCAAACCUGCUGCUAAUAAUUAAGAACCAUAGUUAGUUUGGAGCAGAUCCAAAGACAGGGUUCGAAAUGGCAGGUGGUGGAUUCGUUGCGGAUGCACCAACCACUAGCUUCGAUAGCAAGAUCACACUCGCAAUUUUAAUCACUUGCAUCGUUGCUGCAUCUGGUGGACUUAUUUUUGGAUAUGAUGUUGGAAUUUCAGGAGGUGUAACAACGAUGUUGCCGUUUCUUGAAAAAUUCUUCCCGGACAUACUGAGAAAGGCUGCUGGUAGCGAUGUAAACAUGUACUGUGUGUAUGAUAGCCAAGUGCUGACACUAUUCACAUCUUCUCUGUACCUGGCUGGGUUAGUCACAUCUCUUUUAGCGAGUCGUGUCACGGCAUGGAUCGGACGAAAAAACACCAUCAUCUUGGGUGGUGCCACCUUCCUUUGUGGUGGUGCACUUAAUGGGGCUUCUCAAAAUCUUGCUAUGCUCAUGAUUGGGCGUGUCCUCCUCGGAUUUGGGGCCGGCUUCACUAAUCAAGCAGCACCAUUGUACCUUUCUGAAAUCGCUCCAGCAAAAUGGCGAGGCGCAUUCAACACAGGCUUCCAAUUCUUCCUGGGAGUAGGCGUAGUUGUGGCAGCCUGCAUAAACUACGGCACCGCCAAGCACACGUGGGGCUGGCGCGUCUCUCUCGGCCUCGCAGUUGUCCCUGCCGCCAUUAUGGCGGGCGGCGCCUUCCUCAUAACUGACACGCCCAGCAGCUUGGUCGAGCACGGCAAGGUCGACCAAGCCCGAUACGCCUUGCGCAAAGUACGGGGUUCCACCGUGGACAUCGAACCAGAAUUGGAAGAACUUAUUCGAUGGAACGAGGUUGCGAAAUCUAUGAAGGAGGAACCGUUUAAGGUCAUCUUUGAGAGGCAAUAUCGGCCUCACUUGGUGUUAGGAAUUUUGAUCCCGUUGUUUAACCAGCUUGCAGGGAUCAACAUUGUGGCAUUCUACGCGCCUAACCUCUUCCAAUCUGUGGGUUUGGGGCACAAUGCUGCUUUGAUGUCCUCCAUUAUACUUGGACUUGUCAACCUUGCUUCUAUCCUUGUCUCCACUGGUGUUGUUGACCGCUUUGGUCGAAGGUUCUUGUUCAUCACCGGAGGCAUUGUUAUGUUUGUGUGCCAAGUUGGAGUUGCUGUAGUUCUAGCAGUGGUGACUGGUGUUAAGGGUACAAAGGACAUAUCAAAGGGCAACGCAAUUCUGGUAUUGGUUCUAUUGUCCAUAUACACAGCAGGUUUUGGUUGGUCAUGGGGUCCUCUCAGUUGGCUAAUUCCAAGUGAGAUUUUCCCAUUGAAGAUCAGAACCACUGGACAGAGCAUAGCUGUUGGUAUUAACUUCAUCACACUGUUUGCACUCUCGCAAACAUUCUUGGCCAUGCUAUGCCACUUUAAAUUCGGUGCGUUCUUGUUCUACGCGGGUUGGAUUUUGAUAAUGACCAUCUUCAUUAUAUUUUUCUUACCUGAGACCAAAGGAGUUCCAUUGGAGUCCAUGUACACUAUAUGGGGAAAACACUGGUUUUGGCGUCGGUUUGUUAAAGGGGAAGCUAACCAAGAGAAUCAUCCAUGAAGUGGAUCUCACUUUAGCUAGGUGCUAGUGUUGUUUGUGAGCAAAAAUGAUGAAAAUUGUUGGCUUUUUCUUUCCUAUAGCUUCUAGAUUUGUUUUUGUUUAUAUGUAUAAAUAUAUGUAUAUUGUUUUGUGGCAUAUCGAAAAUAAAAAAUAAUUUGAAUAAAAAAA